AUGCGUCUCGUGCGCCCCGUCAUUCUGCCUGCCAUGCUGGGAGUCGGAGCCGGCCUGGUCGCUUGCCUGGUCGGUUUCUGCGUCGGCCACAUCAUUAUGUCCGUCUCUGUUCGCCUGGGCCUUUGCAAGAAGCGUUCCAAUCGCCAAUCAUCCUCCCGCUCCAUCCCAGCCUGCCUUGAGGAGGGCAUUCUUUCCGAGAAGGCCCAGCUCAUGGUUCCAGAGAUUCAUAUUACACAACCCGGUGUAUAG